AUGGGUGUGGACCCGCUUUCAACACCUGCCAGGUACAUCCCAAUCGUUGGAAUGUUAUGUGGGAACACCAUAUCCAAGCUACAAGUAUCAUUAGCCUAUGUGCUUCAGGAGCUCAGCGUCAACCGCGUGAGGACCGAAACCUGCCUUCUUUGCGGCGCGUCGCGUCUGGAAGCCUGCAAGCAUAUCACCCAGAGAGCACUUCGUCUUGCGCUCACACCGUCUGUCAAUCAAAUGAGUGUCCUAGGGAUCAUAUCUAUACCUGGCGCGAUGACCGGAGCAAUGCUGGGAGGUUCGGCCGUCGAACAGGCCGCGCGCGUGCAGAAGAUUGUGGCGUUUAUGCUUGCCGCGUCUUCGUCGCUCGCGACAAUCAUCGCGGUAUCAUGCACGCUCAUGAUCUGCGUCGACGAUGAGCACCGCGUGCGAGCGGAUCGCAUACACGAACACCCGACGGCAUCGUGGCGUGUGCUGAAGGACGCCGCAUACUCCAUGCACUGCGCGGUCACCUUCUUCUCGGAGAAGCCUCUGCCGAAUGCGGGUCACGUUGAAAAGGAUCGGCCGUCGCCCGAAUCACCGGUGAUAGCAGAGACGAGCAGCUACAGAAGAGUCGCCGCGGUCGUACAAUCGUCCAUGUAG